ACUCCCAACUAGUUUCCCUUUCAGUUCAGGAGAGAUGUUCCCCUGCGCUGUCUCAUAAUGUUUCAUGUGCAUUUUUGUAGCUUUAUUGGAAGGGUAGACUUUUGAAACUCUUGCAAUCUUGCAUGCUGUUUCACUUUCACUCCCUCAUCUAUAACUGCUAGGCUCAUGUGAACCAUUAAUUGUGUGCUUUUUUCAUAUCACUUCUCUUUGCUCUCUCCAAGAUCUAUCUGCUCACCACCUUUCCUAUUAUGCUUGUCGUUCAUAUCUCAUUUUACUCUAAGCCUUCAUCAACUUUUUAAUAUCUCAAAAAACCCUUCUUGUAUAUCUGAUUUCUGUGUCUUCACCCCAUGGCCACCCUUUUAAAAAUCUUGUCUUUUUUGGUGUUCCUUUUGAUCCCAGUUUCAUCCCAGGUUGAUCAGCUUCUCUAUGCUGGAUUCAAGGAUGUGGGUGCUAGCAACCUAACCUUGAAUGGUGUGGCUGAGAUAGAGAAAAAUGGAAUCCUCAGGUUGACAAAUGAGACCAGUAGGUUAUUGGGUCAUGCUUUCUACCCAUCUCCUUUUCAGUUCAAGAACUCCACCACUGGUAAAGUUUUCUCCUUUUCUUCCUCUUUUGCCCUUGCUAUUGUCCCUGAGUACCCCAAGCUAGGUGGCCAUGGUUUGGCUUUCGCAAUAGCAACUUCCAAAGAUCUCAAGGCCCUACCUAGCCAGUACCUGGGACUUCUCAAUGCCACAGAUAAUGGUAACUUCUCUAACCACAUCUUUGCUGUUGAGUUUGACACUGUGCAAGACUUUGAGUUUGGGGACAUUAAUGAUAACCAUGUUGGAAUAGAUAUCAAUAGCAUGCAGUCCAAUGAAUCUGCUAAUGUUAGUCUAGUUGGUCUCAAUCUCAAAGGUGGGAAACCCAUUCUAGCUUGGGUUGAUUAUGAUUCUGUGUUCAAUCUUGUCAAUGUUUCACUUUCUGCAACUUCAUCCAAACCCGAUAAGCCAAUUCUGUCCUUUAAUGUGGAUCUCUCACCCUUUCUUCAUGAUACUAUGUAUGUUGGGUUCUCUGCAUCAACGGGUUUGCUUGCUAGCUCUCAUUACAUUUUGGGUUGGAGCUUUAAAAUCAAUGGACCAGCACCACCCCUUGAUCUCUCUUCUCUCCCACAGCUUCCACAGCCAAAGAAGAAACACACGUCUCUUAUAAUUGGGGUUUCUGUCUCAGUUGUUGUUAUUGUGUUGUUAGCUAUAUCAUUUGGCGUUUACUUGCACAGAAAAAUGAAGAACGCUGAUGUGAUAGAAGCAUGGGAGCUUGAGGUUGGGCCACAUAGGUACUCCUACCAAGAGCUCAAGAAGGCCACUAGGGGUUUCAAGGACAAAGAGCUACUUGGGCAGGGUGGUUUUGGCAGAGUUUACAAAGGAACAUUGCCAAAUUCCAAGAUCCAAGUAGCCGUCAAGCGUGUUUCACAUGAAUCCAAGCAAGGCCUGAGGGAAUUCGUGUCGGAAAUAGCUAGCAUAGGGAGACUUCGCCACCGGAAUUUGGUUCAAUUACUUGGCUGGUGUCGCCGGCGGGGUGACCUCCUGCUUGUGUAUGAUUUCAUGGCCAAUGGGAGCUUGGACAAGUACUUGUUUGAUGAGCCAAAGAUUGUGUUAAGUUGGGAGCAGAGGUUCAAGAUCAUAAAGGGUGUUGCUUCAGCUCUUUUGUAUCUUCAUGAAGGGUAUGAGCAGGUGGUGAUACAUAGAGAUGUGAAGGCCAGCAAUGUGCUGCUAGAUUUUGAGCUUAAUGGAAGACUAGGUGAUUUUGGUUUGGCAAGGUUGUAUGAACAUGGAGCCAACCCCAGCACCACAAGAGUGGUGGGUACAUUAGGCUAUUUGGCACCUGAGUUGCCUAGGACAGGAAAAGCAACUACUAGCUCUGAUGUAUUUGCAUUUGGGGCACUUUUGCUUGAGGUGGCUUGUGGGCGUAGGCCAAUUGAGCCUAAGGCAUUGCCAGAAGAGUUAGUUUUGGUGGAUUGGGUGUGGGAGAAGUACAAGGGGGGGAGAAUACUUGAUGUUGUGGACCCCAAACUAAAUGGCCAUUUUGAUGAAAAGGAAGUGUUGGUGGUGUUGAAAUUGGGGUUGUUGUGUUCAAAUGAUGUACCUGCUGCUAGGCCUAGCAUGAGGCAAGUGGUGAGGUAUUUGGAUGGGGAAGUUGAGGUGCCAGAGGACUUGAGAAAGCCUGGUGGAGAUCUGAGUCACCAAGAGGGGUUUGAUGAGUUUUUGCACUCACUUGCUUCUUCUUCCUUUGAUAAGAUGAGCUCAAGCUCCAAUUUUGGAAAUAGGGACAUGGAUACUAGUUUUCUUUCCUUUGCUAAUUCAUCUCAUUCGCUUCUCCAGGGUAGAGGAGAAACAAGGUGAUUCUGCUGCACUAUACUAGGAUGGAUGGAUAUACACUUUCUUUACUUGUCAACACUUUAGAAAUUUCGUUUGUUUUAACAUGCAUGAUGCCUCAAUUAUAGUGAAUUUUCAACAUGAUGAAAUGAAAUGGGAAAAUUAGUGAGUUACAAAUUUUAUUGUGUCCCUCGUGGGUACCUCAUUGUGUUAAGUCGUUUUCUCCCCCUUCAUUUCUUAACACAGCUUGGCAAAUCUU